AUGGACAACCCUCCUGAGCCAAUGCCCAAGGUUUCGAUUGAUCCUCUGCCUCCAGCAGCAGAUUCUCCCCCAUCUCCUCCACCUGCUUCGCCCCUACCAGAGCAUAUCGUCGUUACCAGUCAUGAAGGCUCCGUCGUUGCGGUUCCUGCUGCAGAACCCACACUCGAGAAGGCUAUCACACCACCAGCUUCUGAAUCCAAACCUCCAUCGCCACCUCCAGCACCUCCAAUUCUCCCUGCUGCUCCCGAGCCUGUUCCUCCACCAAGCUCUCCUGUCAUUGUGGUCCCUGAGCAACCAGCUUCUCCUGUCGUCUCGCCAGCCCCGGUUAUUAUCCAGCAAGUGGAACCUGUCCCUGCCCAAGCUGCUCCUGCUACCACUCCAGCACCUGCCUCACCUACACCGGUCAUUGUCGAGAAAGUCAAGGAGCCACAACCUCCUACUCUACCACCUGUGUCUACAGCAGCGACAGUAGAGUCGCCAGCUUCUUCCGCCAAUGCACCAACGGCUCCUGAUGUACCACUGAUGACGAACACCCCGACUGUGGUUGCGGCCAUCGGGAGAAGCGACACGGCGACUUUCGAGCCACAGAAGAAGUCUGACAAGGUUCCCGUUCUCGUUGCAACUAGAUCAGCACCUGAACUACAACAAGACUCGCACGAAGUACAGACCAGACCGUCGACAUUGAGUUUCUCUUCGGCCCCUCCUGAGACUUUCGUCAGACGUAACACGCACGUCGUGGUCAUCGAUCCUGCUGUGAACGAGGAGCCAAAGAGGCAUUGGAGAGACAGGGUCAGAAAGUUUUGGGUCUCUAAGCUUGGUGGUCGAUUCUUUUUGCGUAUGCUUCUGGGACACCAGGGAAGCAAUGUUGCGACUGCCGUGGUUUCAAGAUAUUGA